AUGGAUAAAAGUACCUCAUUCCGGGGAUGGAAGGUGGCUCCUUACGUUUUUGGUACACACAAACGAAAAGAUCCAGAUCUCAAAACGUAUGAAUUCUCAUGUUUUUCAAUUCCAGGAACGGAAGCACUCCAGAGCAUGGUCUACUUGACACUGGCACUCAACUUAUCGACUUACGCAAUCUUCAACCUGCAUUACUCCCCAGCCGACGGAGCCAAACUCCUGUGCGACUUCUCCGGAACGGCAACGCUACUCACCAUCGCCGGGGGAUACCUCUCCGACGUCUACAUUUCCCAAUUCACAGGAAUCAUCAUUGGAGAAAUACUUGGAACGAUUGGAAGUGUCAUAUUGACAAUCUCAGCAGCAGUGCCAGCCUUGAGCCCUCCUCUAUGUCCACUCUUCGAUCCAAGCUGCGUCCGGCCAACAGGGAAACAAACAGCCAUCUUCUACUUUGGGCUAUACAUUCUUGCGGUUGGCCUCGCGAACAUCAAGCCAAACGCUCCAACUCUGGGGGCCGUGCAGUUCAACGAGAACGAUCCGCAGCAGAAGAAGCAGCUGCUCAGCUACUUCAACUGGUUCCUCUUCAGCACUUGCAUCGGCGCGUUUCCAGCAGUCACUGUGAUCUCCUACGCCCAGGAGCAGGUAAACGCUGCAUGGGGAUUUGGAAUCCCGGCAAUUGUCUUGGCCGUUUCCAUCUUCGUCGUCUGUAUGGGCAUGCCUUACCGAGCAAAAGAACGCAAAGGAAGCCCCAUCACCGGCAUCGCCAUGGUUUUCGUAGCAGCGGCCAGGAAGUGGAAGCUCAAGUCUCCUGAUUCCAUCGAAGAACUCCACCAGCCCAUCGAAGACUUGCAGCAUCUCCCUCACACGAACCAGUUCUUGUUCCUUGACAGAGCUGCCAUCAGAACAAACGACGAGGAGAAGCACUCCCGCUGGAGGCUGUGCUCUGUCACGCAGAUCGAGGAAGUCAAGGCAGUGCUCAACAUACUCCCAAUCUUCGCUUGCACCAUCAUCGUCAGCUGCAUUCUCUCCCAGCUCCAGACCUUUACCCUGCUGCAAGCUGCCACGCUCGAGCGUAAGAUUGGCAAACACUUCGUGAUGCCCCUGGCAUCGCUCGCAGUCUUCCCGGUUCUUGCAAUCCUCUUACUGAUGCCGCUCUACGACCAGCUUUUGGUGCCGUUUCUACGCAAGAUCACCGGGAACGAGCGCGGCAUUAGCCACCUUCAGAGAGUUGGGAUCGGGCUUGUUAUUUGCACACUCUCUAUGGUCGUCGCGGCGAUUGUCGAGACCAAGCGGCUCAAAGUUGCCCGCGAGAACAAUGCGCUUGACAAUCCAGCGGCUGUUCUUCCAAUGAGCGCCUUCUGGAUGGCCUUCCAAUUUCUCGUGUUUGGAAUCGGUGAGCUUUUCACGGUGGCGGGGCUCCUGGAUUUCUUCUACACCGAAUCUCCUGAAAACAUGCGAGCCAUGGGGAUCUCUCUCGUCAACGUCUCCUUCUCAUUCGGAUACUUUCUGAGCAGUGUCAUAGUGUCGCUUGUCAACGCUCGAACCAAGCCCGACUGGCUUCCCGAGAACAUGAACCGGGGGCGGCUCCACAGCUUCUACUGGCUCCUGGCUGCCAUGGGAGCCAUCAACUUCGUGAACUAUUUGUUUUGGUCGUGGUGGUACAGGCCGAGGAUGGAGUAUGAGAGUCAGCUAGAAAGCUUCAAAAGUGUAGAAAAUGUGGCAUGA